AUGAUAUACAAAAGUCAAUUAGAAUCCCUGUCGCUCGAGGUGUUGUUGUUCAUUGCAAGGCAAUUGGACUAUUUGUCUCUGGUGCGCUUGGCCGCCACCUCCAAACGUCUUUCUUGUCUUACUGAGGACGACAUGCUUUUCAAGGAAUUGCUGUUUCUGGAUUAUGGCGUCUCAUACAAAGCUCCAGACGAAACUUGGCGAAAACAAUACGAAAACAAGUGGUCAGAUACUUCAGGCAGACGUAUCUGUCCACACCUUUCCAAUGUCACCGACGAUAUCCUGUUAGAAAAAGCCGAGACGUUUAAAGCGGCGCAAGAGAACAAAGUCUAUUGUUCACGGUGCUCUAUGUCACAAUUUCCAAAUCUAUUUUUAAUCAUGGAGAAAGUCGAAAACGACGUUGUUUGCCGCCGAUGCCUCAAAGAAUACAUUGAUGAGCGACAAGCUCAAAAAUCGAACCAUGGUGUUUAUCUGGAUAUGAACACUCUUAAACUUCGAUGUUUCCUAUGUUCAAUGCGGCGAACCUCACUGGGCGAUUUUGGUAGCGACAGAUCAGAGCAGUACAAAUGCGAGGAAAUCCUGGAAGUCGUUUUGGCCGGAACGGAAAGAGGAAAAGAAAGAGUUGAUUUAAUUCUCAAGCGGAAAAGAGAGAAGGCAAUGUAUGUUGGACAACAGGAGGAAUUGGCCAGUGCUGAUUUCAAGAAUCUAGCUUAUAAUUUAAUCGAUGCACACUGGAUGGGUAGCUUUCACCUCUUUAUUUAUGGCGAAUACCCAAGCCCAGGGCGCAUCACAAAUCGAUCAUUGACGAAGCGGAAUGGUAGCGUUAUACCGGGUCUCAAAUUGUAUGGAGAAGAUGCUGCCUUGGUGACCAGGACGUUUUGGAAUUAUUUGGCAGAAGAAUACGGUGUUGAAGGCAAAUCUAUAACUGAAGGUGAGAAAAUUCGCUAA